AUGCAGGUGGAAGAGACACAUGUGUACCGAAAGCGAUAUUACAUUUUGUUGAUAUUCAUUUUGUUAUCGGCAUCGAAUGCGCUGCAGUGGAUCGAGUACUCCAUCAUUGCCCAUAUAAUUGUGCAGUUUUAUUCGGUCACUUAUACUGCCGUCGAUUGGACAUCCAUGAUUUAUAUGCUUUCAUAUAUUCUCUUUGUGCUACCGGCAAGCUGGGUGCUUGACAAAUAUGGCCUGAGGAUAUCAGUGCUGCUCGGUGCUGGUGGUAAUUGCUUUGGAGCAUGGAUAAAAAUGCUUUCGGCAAGGCCUGACGGAUUCUGGAUUACAUUUGUCGGGCAAACGAUUGUUGGAUCGUCGCAAAUGUUUAUUCUGGGUAUACCGCCAAGGCUAGCAGCCGUAUGGUUUGGUCCGGAGCAAGUAUCCACCGCAUGUGCCGUAGGUGUAUUUGGCAAUCAGGUAAAUUAAAG